GCUCCACCACAUAUAUUAUGUCGUAAUUUUACUGGGUUGUAGAUCACAUUUUGAUUCUUCAGAAGAUGUCGAGUUCCACGAGUACGGAUGCUGUGACGGAUGGCACCGAGGAAGAGGCUCCCACCAGCAGCGUGGCGGCAGAACAGCAGAAACACGUCGCAUCCAAGGUGUCCAUUGUAAUCACGACUUCCGCGAUCCCCUUGAACCCGUCUACAGAGUUGAUCGAGGUACUGCUGUCAGGCCUGGCGAAGAAUUUAGAGGUUGACGAGGUAGGCGACUCCGACUCUAGCAGAGGAAAUUCUGUUCGUCGCAUUCCAGUUUACAUCAUUUGCGAUGGCUACGAACUUGCGGACGAGUUAGAUGAGAAAGGACGUCGAAAGAAGAAGGCAUCGUACAAGAAGUGUCGAAUAUCUGCGGAAGCGGCAAAGAAUUACGAGCGCUUUAUUGAACGGCUGGAGAAGGAGUUUGGAAGGUUUGGAAGUAAUCAAAAGUUGGGUGAAAUGGACUCUAGUGGUGAUGUAGAACAAAAGUCUUCUCUUUCCAGCAGCAGAUCUGACGAUGUUGAAAAGCCUUGCAUCUCUUCCUCCUCCUCUUCCUCACUACCCUUCGACGACAUUCGCGUUAUUCGUGUGGGCAAACAGAACCUAGGCUUUGCACACGCUGUGAAAUUUGCUUUGGAUGCGUACGUGACGACACCCUACGUGCUCGUAGCCCAGCACGAUUACAUGCUGAUCCAGCCUUUUCCGUUGGAUCGGGUAAUGAAAUUGAUGGACGAGGAAGAGAAUGGAGGACGAGGACCUAGACUAGAUUACAUAGGUUUUGAUUCUCUGACAACCACUGACUAUGUGGAGAAGGUGGAACGGGCUACGGGAGAAACACCAGAAGUACUUCCUUGGAGUAGGUUUGAAGCAGUGGACGACGGUGUGAAGGAAGAUGCCUCUUCUCCAACGUCGGAGAGUCUGACGCCGGAGAGUGCUGGUCUAUCCACUUUAUCUUCAGCGACAUCAGAGACAGAGUCCUCUUCUUUGGCGAAACCAGAAUCCUCAGCAGUACCAACGCCAGUAACAGUGACAACGACACAAUCACCUCUCUCACCAACCUCAGCGACAUCCCAGGCUCCAUCACCUCCUCCCAUAGCAGCGGAAGCAGCAGCCGGAACAGCAGAGGGAUGCACACCCCCUCACUCCCACUUCUCCUUCCUCCGUCUCGAAACCUGGUACGACAAGACGCAUUUCUGUCGGACAUCAGCCUAUCGCGCUUUGUAUGAACGUGUGGACUUUCCCUCACAUUCUUUCAUAGAGGAUGUUUUUUUCAACCGCAAAUUAUCCGCUGCGGAACUGGGUUUCGGAUGUUUCGUCUUACAGCAGGGCAUCGGACCUGUGAUCUACCACUUGAGUGGACGGAAAUUGAUGUCACAACAAGGGACUGGUAGUCAGCAACAAGCAGAAGCCCUCUUGGAGAAUCAAGCACCAGAGGGAAGAACAGAAGCCCUCUUGGAUAGUCAAGCACCAGAGGGAAGGCAAGUCGAAUCAUCUUCCUCUGCUACUUCCAACGUGGAAAGAACAGCAAUACAACAGAACCCGAGCAGCGGCCCCGAUGUAGUUGCAUUGGACGACGAAAAUAAUGAAAGCACCAGAACAGACGCAGGGGGAAACGAGAAGGCAGUUAACGACUCUUACCUCCAGUCGAACGAAUUAUACCCCUUGCCAGAACUUGGUGCUCAAUUCGGGAUGUUUCGGCAACUUCCACCUGAAAAUCUGAACAAGAAGUUCACAGGAGUGUGCUUUAUCUGUCGGGAGAAAGGACAUAGCAGCAAGAUGUGUCCAUUGAGGGUCCAACGGAGAAAUGGAGGGUCUUAGUAGAAUCUUCUCAAGGAAUCGCGACAUUAAAAAUCCACCUGUAAAUAAAGUGCUAGCAGCUGCUGUUGUAACUCUUUCCCUAAAAUAAAAUUCAAAAUUUCAGCUUGCUGUACAGGAGCCUGAUGGGCUUAUUGUACAGAAGUGUAAACCUCAUAACUCUUGUUCAGGUGCAAUGACGGAAAUGAUACGCCGUCCUAGCGUUCAUCGCAUC